GAUCUCGCGUUCCUCUUCUCCGACUUCGACUUCAGCCUCUGUUCGUCCAGGGUUCUUCUCAUCGACAAUGCAGAAGCUUGACCUAAUUAGGGAGAAUAUAUACCUCGGCGAUAUUUGUGCCGCUGCUGAAGUUCUCAAGAAUGGUAGCUCCGAAAUUUCGCACGUUCUUACAGUUUUACACUGCCCUUCCAUAUCUGUGUUCGAGGAAUGGCGCAACGUAAGACUAGACUCAAAAGAAAUCAAGGAAGUGUAUGUUGGUGAUGAUGAUCAUCAAGGCAGAGAGUUUGCGACAGAGAGUGCGUUGCCAUCUGGGAAUCUUCUAUAUUCACUUGAACAUACUGGCAAAGAUAUCAAGUUUACUAGAAUGGCUGUGUUUGCUUACGAUCAAGAAUGGGAGAAUCUGCUUGAUUUUUUCGAUAUUUGCUUGGAUUUUAUUGAUGCUGGCCGCAAAGAGAAAGGUGUUUUAGUUCAUUGCUUUGCAGGAGAAUCUCGAAGUGCUUCUAUGGUCAUUGCGUAUCUUAUGAGGACCGAAAAGCUUUCUUGUCAAGAUGCGUUGGCGUCACUGAAGCAAAGUGCUCACGCUAGACCCAAUCUUGGCUUCUUAAAACAGUUGGAUUUGUUUGAAAGAAUGAACUUCAAAGUUGACCGUUCCAGCUCUAUUUACAAGCAUUUCCGUCUAAAAACUAUAGCUUAUUUAUACAGCAAAAAUAAGAGAUUUGACAAACUAAAGUUAAGGGCUGAUCCGAGAAUGUCAAAUGAGGGUAGUGGUAGUACGUUCCAGUGCAAGAAAUGCAGGAAUGUUUUGUUGCUUCAGAAGCAAGCCAUUGAUCACACUCCUGGUGAGGCUGAUUUAGAGUUUGAUGACAUGUUUAAAAACAUGAUGGGAGAGGUUCACAACAAGAAUCCUGGUGAUCAGAAAAAAUGUACUUCUGUAUUCGUAGAGCCUCUCAGCUGGAUGAAUGAAGCUGUGGAAGAUGAUCUGCCUGAAGGAAAGUUACUGUGUCCCAAGUGUAAAGCGAGACUUGGAAGCUUUGACUGGUUAGGAAGUUUUUGUAGCUGCGGAAGCAAGAUUGUUCCGGCGUUUCAACUUCAGAUGAGCCGUGUGGAUUUUAUCCCUGUGAAAGCUGACGUGAAGAAGAAGAAGAAGAAGAAGAAUAUGAAGCAUGAGAAGAAAAUAGUCUAGAAUGUUGGAGGGAGAAAGCGCACUUCAAUGCGCUGAUGAUUUUAUUGGAGUUUGUAUUAGAACUUAGGGAUGAUGACUGUAACAAAUAUAUUAAAAUAAAGAA